AUGGCAAACCCAAAAGCAAAAGCCCCGCCGAUUAUCGACUUUGCGCCGUUCUACGGCAACGACCCCACAGCCCGUCAGAACGUCGUAGACCAAGUGCGCGCAGCCUGCCUCGACAAAGGCUUCUUCCAAAUCAUCAACCACCCAGUUCCCUCCUCCCUGCAAGAUGCCAUGUUCACGCUAGCCCAAGAGUUCUUCGCCCUCCCCAUGGAGGAGAAGCUCAAAGACGAUAAAGAUCAAAACGACCACCACCGUGGCUACGAGGCCUUCCGCAGCCAGGCUUUCGAAACCAGCCGUUACCCAGACCUAAAAGAAGCCAUUGACUUUGGCCCCGACUACCAAUCCGACCACCCAUACGUGAAGACCAAGCGGGUAGCGUGCGGCCCAAACCUGUACCCGCAAAGUGUCGGGAACCCAGAGGAGUUCCAGAAAACGGUCGAUACGUACUUGGAGACGACACUUAGGCUAGCAGACGACGUUUUAAAAGUGCUGGCGCUAUCGCUGGGGCUGCAUGCGGAGUAUUUCGCAGAGUUCUCAAAGAACCGGCUUGCGACGGUGAAGAUGCUGCAUUAUCCGGCGCAGGACCCCGUGGUGGUGGAUGAUGGGGAGAGGGGCAUCAGUGCACAUACGGAUUUCGGGUUUGUUACGCUACUUAUGCAGGACGAUGCCGGCGGCCUACAGGUCUGGGAUAAAGACACUGAUUCCUGGCUCGAUGUAACCCCCAUCAAAGGCGCCUACGUCGUUAACCUUGGUGACUGCAUGCGCCGCUGGACCAACGACCGCUACAGUUCCGGCCUUCACCAGGUCAUCAACAAAUCCGGCAAAGCCCGCUAUUCGAUAGCAUGUUUCCACGCCGGGAACCCAGACUAUGUUGUCAAGUGUCUUCCUGAAUGCGUUGGUGAUGAAGGCGAGAAGUAUCCGCCAGUGAAGGUGCACGAUUAUAUCACAGAGAGGUAUAAUGACACAUAUGGGAGAGCGGCGGCAUUGAAUGCCUAA